CACGAGCCAGCCCCCCCCACCGAGUCCACCCCCGUCUUCUUCCCCGACUUUGCCGACGCCAGCCAGCCGCUCCUCCAGCUCCGCGCCUGCCGCCCCAACGGCCUCCUCCCCUGCCCCGCCGCCCCCGGCUGGUCCCUCGACGUCAACGACCUCCUCAUCCUCCACCCAGACGCACACCCCGCCGACGCCGCCUACACCGAGUGGAAGCUCAUCACCUGCAGGGUCUGCGGCAAGACCUACGACGGCAAGAACGGCCGCAGCGUCGCCAGACGCCAUCUCCAGGACAAGCACGGCAUGCCCCUCGCCGUCCAGAGCAGGCGCAGCCGCUGGGAUCUGUUGAGAAUGACCGCCGACGAGAACCAGCACCAGGCAGGCGUGAAGCGCAGACGCCUCUCGUCCUCCCGCCAACACGCCAAGCUCGAAAAGAUUUACUCUGGCUUCCUCGAGAGAUUCGGGCCCCGCGGCCUCUUCACGCCCUUUGGAGUCUCCCUCAUCGCUCCCAAGUUUCGCGAGGAAGCCCACAGGGCGGCUCACGAGCCAAACGACACCGGGUCCAGCGAAGACGCCAAAGACUAUCUCGACGGGAGCUACGGCAGUGUCAUUAUACCCGAAGAGAUCCUGCGAGGCGUAGCUGCUAUGCGCGACGACUGGGACGAGGAAGAGGAUGAUUCUCUUCUGCCUGCCUGUACAUCUUCAAACGACCCAGCCACCUUGACAAACCCAGCCACCGUGGCUACAAAUCCAGCCACCUUGACAAACCCAGCCAACGACUUGACACGCUCGACCACCCGGCCCGUCUCUGAACGUCCUCCGGCUGCACCUAUCAGCACGGCCGCUUUUUACGCGGCUGAAUCAUCUCAGUCGGCAGAACCAAGCAGCAGUCUGAGGAUAGAUCCCAGAGAGAGUUUUGAAGCAGAGAAAACGGUCAAGGCAGAAGCAUUGGCCCGUCACGCAUAGUGCCGAAUCUUUUCCACUGUUCCGUCUUGUUGUAUCCGUAGACAAUAGUAAUUGACAGCCUUGGCUUGUCCGAUGCAUACCAUAAC